GUGCACCCAUCCAUUCAUUUCGCUCCAUCCAAAUUAAUACCCUUAUCACAUCCCUCUUCCCCCUCCGCCAUCAAUGGCUGGCACAGGGGAAGACCGCCAAGAGCAAGGCAGUAGUACUCCUCUCCUCCUCAGACACCGCGCCGGCGGCCGAUCCCUCUGCUUCCUCUCCGCCGUCGCCUCCAGCUUCCGGCUGAAAACGACGGUGUGGGCGGAGCUGGGCGGCUCCGUGGGAGACCUCGGCACCUACAUUCCCAUCGUGCUCGCCCUGUCCCUCGUCAACGGCCUCGACCUGGGCACCACCCUCGUCUUCACCGCCCUCUACAACGCUGCCACCGGCCUCCUCUUCGGCAUCCCCAUGCCCGUCCAGCCCAUGAAGUCCAUCGCCGCCGUCGCCAUCUCCGAGUCCUCCACACCCCUCUCCAUCCCGGAGAUCAUGGCCGCCGGGCUCUCCACCGCCGUCGUCCUCUUCCUCCUAGGCGCCACCGGCCUAAUGUCCUUCCUCUACCGCUUCAUCCCCGUCCCCGUCGUCCGCGGGGUCCAGCUCUCCCAGGGCCUCUCCUUCGCCUUCUCCGCCAUCAAGUACAUCCGCCACGACCAGGACUUCGCGGCCGCCAAGUCCGGCGGCCCCCGCCCCUGGCUCGGCCUCGACGGCCUCCUCCUCGCCCUCUCCACCCUCCUCUUCGUCAUCCUCGUCACCGGCUCCGGCGGGGACGAGGAGGACCGGGAUCGACAACGGCAAUUCGAAUCCCCGCCUCACAGCUCCGCCCAUCGCCCUCAUGGCCGCCGCUGGAAGAGGUCGUGCAUCCCUUCCUCGAGGAUCCCCGCCGCGCUAUUGGUAUUCUUGUUAGGGCUGGCCCUCUGCUUCGUUCGAGACCCAUCCAUCAUCGGAGACCUCCGAUUCGGGCCUUCGAAGCUCCAGAUCGUGAGGAUGACGUGGAACGACUGGAAGGUGGGAUUCUUGCGGGCGGCGAUCCCGCAGAUCCCCCUCUCGGUGCUCAACUCGGUGAUCGCCGUGUGCAAGCUCUCCGCCGACCUCUUCCCGGAGCGGGAGGUGUCCGCGGCGGCGGUGUCGGUGAGCGUGGGGCUGAUGAAUCUGGUGGGGUGCUGGUUCGGGGCGAUGCCGGUCUGCCACGGCGCCGGCGGGCUGGCCGGGCAGUACCGGUUCGGCGGCCGGAGCGGAGCGUCGGUCCUGUUCCUAGCCGUGGGGAAGCUGGCGCUGGGGCUGGCCUUCGGGAGCUCGUUCGUCAGGAUCCUGGGCGAGUUCCCCAUCGGGAUCCUCGGGGUGCUGCUGCUCUUCUCCGGGAUCGAGCUGGCCAUGGCGUCGAGGGACAUGGGCACCAAGGAGGAGUCCUUCGUCAUGCUCGUCUGCGCGGCCGUCUCCCUGACGGGGUCCAGCGCCGCGCUCGGGUUCGGCUGCGGGAUUCUGCUCUACCUUCUCCUCAGGCUCAGGGAGCUCGACUGCUAUACUCUCGCUCUCGCAAAUCGUGGUGGUGGUGUCGCUGCUCAGAUCGGGGAGCAAGCUGGGGUCUAGUUUGCAUGUUUCAAUCGCCGGUUACAAGAACAGGAGAAAAGGCUCGGCCAUCAAUCUUGAUUUGUCCUGUUAUUUCUAUAAUAGCGGUGGUUAUGGUUGAUCGGAAUCAGUAUGUUCCCCGGCCGUCUCCGUCUCCGUCUCAAAAAUAGGCGCUGUGAUGAAGUUACAUGCGCUGCCACUUGUAUGUCCGUUCCAAACCAAGUCUAUGACCCUUUUUCGUAAGCCGGAUCAUCACUUUCCGAUCCCCCCCAAUCCAGCACGAACUAUGGUUGUAUUUGUUUUCUGAAUUAGGACCAUGCAGCACAAAAUGAGGCAUUGCUAUUUAGUUUAUUAGAUCUAACGUAUUUGUUCUUCACGUUCCGUCUCGCUACAAGAAAUCGCCAAACUAGAAUUUUGUGGAUGCAAGGCCUCGACAUGGCCCCGAGUUCGAGGCCCGCCCGAUCGAGCCAACUUCAGAAUGGGCUUUGGGUCUUGAAUGCAUCAUUGAUCUUUGGGCCGGAGUUCAGCCAACGCUUCGCCCAACUGGAAGUCCGAGCCCAAGGAACAGAAACCAUAGUCCGAGGAGCAGAAAGCUGGUGAACAUCUUGAGGUCAUUGCACUUCCGCUUCCGGCUUGUUUGGCCAGGCAGUCGAUUCUUCUAUUUUGUUUUCUGUCUGCUUCUCCAAAUCAUUGAAGCUACUACUAGCAGUUCAAUCUAUCAAUGUCUAAGUAAUUAAGUAUGAAAUGGAAAAUAAGUUUCAUAUCA